UAUUGAAAUUAAAAAUGUAUUGAUUAAUUUGAUAACAACUAUUAAAAAAAAAAUAUAUACAAUUUCAAUAGCAUACAAAUUCACUCGAACUGAACAAGUUUAUGAAUGCAGUGCACAUUACAUCUAUAUCACGCGCUCAUUAAUAGUUAUAGGUAACACAAUAUACAAAUUCUGUUAAAGAUGUCGUAUUUGCGAAUUAUUAUUGGUAAUAUGUCGGUGGAACCGGUGAUGUUCUUAUACUUUUUCACGAUAACGUUCUCGAUGUGCCUGAACACCAACUUGCUGCUGUACAAGGCGUGCGAUCCCACGGGAGCUAUAGCUCAACGAGUGGGUUCAAAAUGCGACAACGAGACGGAAGCGCAGCACGUGGUGGCCCCGAUCAACGGAUGGAAAAUGCUGAGCCAGCAGUUGGUGCCCAUCGUGCUGGUCAUGAUGGCGGGCACUUGGAGUGACCGGCACGGCCGCUGCAGGAGGCCCAUCAUAAUCUUGCCCAUCGUUGGUCAGAUGAUAUCGGACGCGUUGUCUGUGUACUGUUCCGUUCAGUGGUCCGUGUCGCCGGCGGUAACGGGCGUCAUGCAAGCGAUUUCACUGUCUUGCUCGGGUGGCCCAUCGAUGCUGUUUAACGGGAUCAACUCCUAUAUAGCUGACACCACGUCUGAAGAAUCUAGGACCACUAAGUUCGGCGUGCUCGGUGGCGUGAUUACCGUAAGCGGCAUACUGGGCAUGCUAGUCUAUGGUUUUGUGAUCGUCAACGUGGGCUUCGUGUCUGCCUACAUAGUGUGCGUCUGCUUGAGUUUCGCUUCCUUGGUUUUGACUUUUAUAUUCAUUAAAGACGUCAACCCCGUGAUUUCAAACAACGACGAUGGCAAACAAAUAUCAAUAGACAAAGGACCGUUGUACCAAGAAUUCAUUCGCACCAUCAACCCGAUAGAAGUGCUUCGAAACUGCUACCACGUGCUGACUAGACGUCGUCAAGGCCAUGGCACCACGAUCCUCUUAUUAGUCGUAUUGGCGUGCGCACCACUCACUUGUGUACCGUUGGAGGGUGAGUGACGUUUGAUGUAUUUUUGUUUUUUAGGAUUUGACCUGUUCGACAAAGAUAAAUGAUUUAUCGCGAUUGUAUUUUUUCCUUACUCGUAUUAUAAGUUAACAAGUUAUUAAAAUAAAUUAUUUUAAUAAAUUUAGGGUAAAUAAACAAAAAAACUUUCGGUUAGUUUAGGCUAGGACGCUGUUUUAGGUAACUUUUAGUUAACAAAAAUUUUGAUUUUAUACCAUUAUGCACGUAUUAUAAUGCUAAAAACAAAAAUAUAACUCAGCAAAAAAAAAUUAAUUUUUUGUUCACUUACAAAUAUCAACGCUAAAUAUAUUCAGUAUUUAUUUAAAUUUUUGUGCUCAAAAAAUUAUUCUCUAUCUAUCAGUAAUUUGAAUAAUGCAAUUAUUUUAUUACAAUACUGACUUAAUUCGAACGCAUUUUUGAUUUUCGAAAAAAAAAAACCAGUCAAUUAUUCGUCUGCAGACGUUAAAUUUUGACUUAACUGAAUAAUAAAUUAAUUCUAAAACUUUGAGUUCAUACAUUUAAAAGCUAUCAGAGUAAAUCAGUCCAUAACAAAAAUAAUUUACUAUGUUGAGUUAAAAUUUAAAAAAAAAAUUGUUCACUAGUAACAUCGUAAUUUGGUAUCGUUCAGUUAAGUUUUUAUCUAUUAAAGUCUAUUAGUUAAUAAAUUGUAUACUCUUCCUAUUGUGAUUAAUAUUAGUUUACCGUAUGAGUGUAUUGAUUGAUUUUUUAAAUAAUUAUAAAUAACUUAUUUAUUAUUUCAAUAAAUGAUACUGUCGAUAACUGAUAAGUAGAAUAUUACGAAUACGUAGGUAAAAAUAUUGUCGUAUUCCUAUAUUAUUAUAUUUUUAUAUUGUAGGAGAAAUGUCGAUCAUGUAUCUAUUCGUCAGAUAUAAAUUUCAGUGGAAUGAAAUCAACUACAGUAUUUUUAAUGUUUAUGAGAUGUCUGUCAUAUCUUUAGGUAAGAGUCAAAUAACUAAUAACAUUUUGUUCACAAUAAAUGAUAAUAGAAGGUUAGAGACAGAAUAGUUACUUAACGUAUUAAAAAUAAACUUCUAAACAAUGAUUAUACUAUCCUAAUCAAAAUGUGUUGUGUUUAUCAAGGUACAAUAUUUGCUUUAGGCAUUUUAAGUCACAAAUUCAAAAUGAACGACGCAUUAAUUGGUAUGAUUGCAUCAAUAUGUGAUAUUUUAUCUGCGGUCGGUUUUCUUAUAGUUUCCCAAUCGUGGCAACUAUAUUUGGGUAAGAUAUCGCCUCAAUAAUAAAUUAACAAAAUAAGAAUUUAAGAAGUUAACAAAAAUAAAUAAAUACUACGAGGAACUUAUUUUGUUCAAUGUAGAUAUUUUGUUUAAUAUUUCUAUGCAUGUACUUUAUUUUAAAACUUAUCUUAAGUUCCUACUCGUCCUAGUUUAUUUAAAAAAUAAUCAUAAAUAUAAUUAUACAAAACUUACAGUGGCACCCCUAGAAAUAUUUCGUGGUGCUGCAUUAAUGUUAACAAAUUCCUUAGCUUCGAAAUGUGUUGAGCCCACCGAAUUAGGUAAUUAUUGAACACAAGUGUACCAAAUAAAUACCUAAUUAAUAAAAUUAAUUUGAUCUAUUUUAUGUAUUAUAUAAUACAGGUACCAUGAAUUCUAUAAAAAUGCUAACGGAAAAUAUAUUGAAAAGUGGAUUUUUACCUUUAUAUAAUUUUCUAUAUAAUCGUACGUUUGAAUCAAUUCCUGGGGCAUUUUUUUUCAUUAGCAUUAUCCUCACAGCUCCGCUGAUAUUUGUAUUUUGGUAAGUAUUUCCAGUUUUAUAUUUUAUGUAUCUUUAGGCUAAUUUGGUGAUAUACUGAAAUUAUUUUCAUACGUGACCUGCCUAUUUGAAUGUAGACAAUAUUGCGAGCGUUAUAAUAUUAUAUAGAAGAAGACCUACCUUUAUUUUGUUACAAUAACAUUAUAAUACGUGCCGACCUACACGAUUUAUUCGUGUUAAUUAUCAAUCAAAAAAAUAUACAAUAAUUUGUUUUAGUUUUUUAACUGAUUUCAGAUUUUAUUUAUUUAGGUAUAUUUAUUUUUGAAUUUUUAAUCAUUCAGUGCCUAAUUAAAAUAUCUAUUUAUCUAAUAUGUUAUUAUCUGUUAAAACUUACUGUAAGACGCUAUAUUUUUGGCACACUGAUAAAAAUUAUUAAAUCUAUAUCGUUUAUACAAAUUCCUAGUUCUUAUGAACCAUAAUAAAAUAUAGAGCGUUGUAUAAUGUUGUCUGAAUGCUAAUAACUCAGCCAAUGUUAAUUUGUUUUAAAACUUUGUUUUUUAUCAGGGGGGCACAAAUGUAGAAAUAAAUUAAAAUUUUAUUUUCAUCCCUUAGUACUAUUAAUAGAAAAAAAAUGUCAUUUUCACUUUUUACAAUUUUCAUAAUGGUAAUUUUAUAAAAUAUAUUAUAGGUAGAUAAGGAAUUACUAUGCUGAUUUUGAUUCUUUAUCACGUUAAGUGAUAUUCUAUUGAAAACUGAUUGUUUUUACACCAAUUCUCUAAAAAUCAAAAAGGGUAUUAUUAAGAAACUAUUCAAGUUUAGUGCAUACAAAUAUUUAAAAUUAUAUAGUUUACAAAUUGGCUAUUUUGAAAAUUUAAAUGAAAAAAUAAAGUUAUUUUUUUUUAGCAAUUGAGGAAUGAAAAUAAAAAUUUGAUUUUUCUCUAAAUUUGCAUCAUCUAAAACAAAACCCGAUUUAAAAAUAAAAUUAAUAAAAGAAUUAUUUAGUAAUUAGCACUCAGGUAACACUAUAUUAGGACACUCUAUAUAUCUUUUUUUUUAUCUACUUUAUAAUAGGUACCUACCUAAUUGAUAAAUAAUACGAAACAAGUACUCUGAGUGUUGUAAUUAUAUGAAAUAUAUAACAUGUUUAUUUUUUGUUAGAUUAAUAAAAUUAAUGUUUAUCAUAAAAUGUACUUACAUGCGGUGAAAACGUGAGUCGGUAUUAUCGGCCAUAGACCCAUAGAACUUCUACCAAUAGACAUAACUCGCUAUAACAACAGCAUUACGAGAUACGUGGAAAUAUAAAGGGACGGACAGAGUAGAAGUGCACUGUAUAAUGUAUACAAUAAUAAUACAUCAAUUUAGUCAAUGACUCAAUAACCUAAUAACCAAAAGCGCCCUCUAUUUUACACGCCCGGGGUUAGUUUAGUUCUUGUCUAUUAGCAUAAGGUCUAUGGUAUUGGACAACGGUAGGUCCUAUUUAUUAGGUAUGUUGGUGAUAUGUCAGUGAACCCAAUUAUUUGGUAUGUGAAAACGAUAAAAGUAUCAAAUAUAGAAGAAACCAAUAUUGGGUACACAUACGAUACGAAUAACAGAGAUACUAUCAUGAUAAAUUUCUCCAAAAAAUAUUUAGAUUAAAGAUAUUAUUAACAAUUUUUGUCUUAUCAGGUUGAUAUACUUCUUAAAUCAAAAACUAAAUUCAAAUUCUAUUGAUGCCGGUGAAAAUAGGAAACCUACUGAUGACAUUUUCUCAAUCAAAAACAGUAAUGAAACAAAUUGUCAUAUUUAGUUUAAUACAGAUAUUUACAUAUUGUACAAUGCUAAUCAUAUUCUAAAAGUAAUGUUAUAAUUUUUAUACGUUUUGUCAAAUAUUAUAUUAUAAUAUUAAACACCAAGGAUUAUAUUUGGUUUUACUUA